CUGGAAUCUCCUUGCAGACAUCAGGAGCUGAGGGGACAGGGCAGUGCACACAGAAACAUUGGAGUGGGGGAAUUGUGCAUGUCCCAAGUUCAACCCUCAUGCUUUCUUCUGAAUGUCUGAAGACAGCUAAACUUAGAGGGGAAAAUAGCACCCGACAGAGUCAGGACCUGCCAAGGCUAAAACAAUGAAGAAACCCAUGACACUGGCUACCUUCCCCUCUUCAAUGGGACCUCAUAGAGAGAAGACUAACUAAGAGAUGUUGUAGGCACAUUUUAAGAAACAACUAACCUUGAGCCAGCAACAACAGCUUAAAAAAUCAUUGAAAUAGUGAGAAAUCCCAGGACUCUUGACAGUAGUCUGGGAGAGAGGGAACAGUUCCACUACUGGAGGAAGUGAUUCACAAGAGUUAGUGGAGAACUUACAGUACAGAUCUUAAUCAAAACAUGAAGGAGAGGAAAGGAGAAUGAGGUAUAAAACAGGAAGACAUAGAUAAGGUAAAUGUUUGGGUUAUUUAAGGCAUUUGUGAUUCCUCUGGCAUUUUGAAGGGAACAGAACUUAGAAUUCUAAAACCUCUCCAGUGAAAAUUUAUAAUACUCUGUGUGGCCAUAUGGCAUGUGUAAAUAUUUCCAGAAUGCUGUGGGCUUUGAGAUGGGAUGAAGAGAGCAAACAGUUUUAUUACCAUUUUAAUGAACACUGAUGCUAAAGCUUUAGCUGAAGUUCAGCUACACUUGUGAGUAGACUGCGGGGUCAUCCAUAAAACAUGUCAUACUUAAAACCACAGUAGCAGCUCUUUUUACUCCUCCCUUGACCUUCUUGUCACAAUUGGCCUCAAACAGAUUCUUUUCCAAAAGUAUUAAAUACUUAUUGGGACAACCUUGGUAUUUUAUUGCCUCUGAACUAUCACUCUAUUUUUGAGUUGUAAGGAAGCUCCAUUAAUAGGGAAUAAUGAACUUGCUCGCCAGAAGCCUCAGCACUGCAUGGGGAACAGAAAUUCCCAGCUUACCUUUGGGUGCCAGGAGACAGUAGAAGAAGUGGGGGUGCUAAUAGCUAAGGGUGUGCAGGGCCCCCAAGAUUUACUUUGUCUGCAUCUGUGCCUUUAAAAAAUUGGUUCUGAGUUGUCCUGUACUUUUCCCACUUCAGUCUGUAGUUAUGGGUCCAAACGGCUCUGUAUAAAAUUAGGAUUUGUUUUCUUCAUUCACUAUAUAAUGGGGAAUCCAAAAAUGUCUAUAGAAUUUCCCCACUUUGGGCCAAAAUUUACAGGCACAAGGGCAGCUCCAUGUGGAUUAAGCCUACCGAAUAGGUCCAGAGGCUUUAUGUGGAAGAAGUUGAAAGGGGUUUCUUUCCUCCAUAAGAGAUUUGCUUCUUGUUCUUUCUUAAAAAGGUAAAGGACCCCUGACAGUUAAGUCCAGUCGCAGAUGACUCUGGGGGUGUGAUGCUCAUCUUGCUUUACAGGCCGAGGGAGACUUUCUUAUCUUGUAACAAUUAAGAGGUUGGCAAAUGAUGUAAAUUAUCGCUUGCAUAUUUUUAAAAAGACAUUUCAAGCUUCACACCAGUUCUCUUUGCGUCCUCCACAAAGUUAGGUUGUCCAGAAUGCUUUCUGUAGAGCUCUUGAUGUUUUUAUUCUCUGUCUGUUCUUUUUAAUGCAGAUCAAUAUAGGGUUCUGUUUGUUUUGUACAUGAAACUUUUGAGUUAAAAAACCCCACGACAACUCUCUGCUGCUGUACUUUAUCAAUCUAUCUAUCAAGAACUCUUCAGUGCUCCGCAGGUAAUAUUUUGGACAACCUCAAAUAUAUAUAUAUAUUUGGUAAUACUGCACAAGAAUGUGUAUUUAGGAGAAAUGCACAUUAAAAUGUGUAUGUGGGGGGAACUGUAAUUUAAGAUAGGAAAAAUGAGAAACUGAGAGAAACCUACAUUGACAGAUCCCUCUGUUCCUACACAAAAUAUCCCUCAGGCUCACAUGAACCACUGAAUGGAAGAAGGUGACUAUCCCAGGGGCAAAGACCUCAAGCCAGUUUUAACAUCUUUUAAUACUAUUUAAAUAUUAGUCACUGCCACAUAAUGCUGAAUGGGUGGUUUUAGCUCGAGUGAGGUGGUUUUAGUUCCAAGUGCCUCUGUGUGUAUUAAGUCUCUUGUUUACUGUGUCCAACAUUUACUUUUUAUUAUUCUUUGAUCUUGGUGUUGGAUUAAAUGUUGAAUCAACUGUAAUUUAUUGCAUUUUUAACCUUGAUUUACAUGUGGUUUUCUGUACAUCACCUGUAGAAAUUAUUUUAUGAGGUGACUUACAAAUGUAAAUAAAUACAAGCAACGCCCUCGUCUUCUGCUGCAGAGCUGCAGCUUUCCUCAUGACCCUGCAUUCAGCCCCAUCCUACGCCUGCUCCUUCCUGGUCAUGAAGCUUCACCUUCAUAUGAAGGCUUUGGCACCAUCAGCAUUUCUCCUCAGUCUCUCUCACAGUGAUGUAAGAGCUUUCUUAUUUGGGCUGCAUUGGGGCUUAGCAAUUUAGUUAUUCAUCUGAUUCUAAUAGGAUUGUAAUGGUAACUUUGGCAUCUGUUUUACACAUUGAUUGUUUCCUCCUCUAGGACUUAAAAAUGAACACCCCCAAAACUGGGGACGCAGAUAAUCUUCUAUGGACCUGCUACAGGUCUUCUCUAUUCAGAAAGCGACAUUUACCACCUGUAAGGGAUAUGGACUUAUCGGUGGUUGCCUUCAUUUUUACGAGGCAACUACACAAGAGCUGGGUUCACAUUCUCCCUCCUGAACAUACAGGGACCUAUCUCAAGCCCAUUUGUUUUUAGGUUGAUUGUAUUCUUGCACUUGUAUGUGUUAUUACUUUAUACUUGUUUUGUAUAUAUGCUUUCAAAUAAUGUGAGCAAUCAUGGGAAGGUGGAAUAAAACAUUUUUCUAAAAAAGAAACAGAUAAAAAUAGGUGAGUGGAUGAUUCAAUGAAAACAGAUGGAACAUAUAUCCUAUAGCAAGGGUCUGUGGAACAAAACAAAAUGUAGAUGUUAAGAAGGGGACAGAAGUUCAAAGAACUGGAAGAGAGCGCAACCUCAUUCUUGCUAAUUACAAACUAUGCAGGACUUGCAUAGUUACUGCAGAAGGCCUGAGGUCGUGUGCUUUUAUAUUGACAAAUUGAAUUCAGUGCUUUAAUAUAUUGUACAGAUGUGAAAUAUUGUUCAAAAGAGCCAUGCCAGAAUACAAUUUUGCAAUCACUUAAUGUGCACGUCAAUAUUUUAUAGGCAAUUUUAUUUAACAUCUUGUACAUUUAUUUAACAUCACUGUAGAUUUUCAACAGUGAAACUGGAGGUCCUUAAGAGUAAUUGUUCUAAAACAAUAAGUGGGUCCCUCCCCCCCAUUUUUGUCUGAUGGAGAAACAGCCAUCAUUUAUAUUUUUGAAAAGAGGUGGUUUAAAACGUUUCAUUGUAUCAAUCAAGGUCAACUUAAUCCUAGGCAAUCUUAGGGCAGUCAAGUGAACAGAAGAUGCAGGUAAAGUUGCAAGAAGAAUUCCACUAAAAUAUGAUUAGAUAAAAUGACUAGGUGAAGUGUGCAUCUCUCACUCUGAGGCUGCAUAGUGUGCAUUAUCAUGCCUACCAUGUAGCACUGCAAGCAGUGAAGAAAGCGCAUGUUGCAGCCUGCAUUGCAUCUUCAAACAACUUACUGGUGGAGUUUCUACAAGUUCUCCAGAGGCUGCUGAUUCCCACUAUGGGGUGGGACUGUUGGAGCCCUUGAAGACUGACUGUGACGAGUUGACUGCACAUUUUGGGUGGCCACUUAUGUCUCUGAGAUUCAGUCAACCUUCACCAGGGACCAAGCCGUUAGGGCAGGCAUAGGCAAAUUCAGCCUUCCAGAUGUUUUGGGACUACAGUUCCCAUUAUCCCUGACCACUGGUCCUGCUAGCUAGGGAUCAUGGGAGUUGCAGGCCAAAAACAUCUGGAGGGCCGAGUUUGCCUAUGCCUGAUUUAGGGAACUCUUUGCCAACUGAAGUUCAGCAGGAGUCAUCCCUGUUUUCUUUUAAAUGUCUUUUAAAAACUGUACAUUGGAACCCAGUUUUCCUUUUUUACUAUUUUAUUGAUUUUUUUACUCUGUUUUGAUGUUUCUCUGUUCUGCACCUUCGUUAUAUUUUCUACCAAAGGGUGGUUUAUAAAUAUUUAAAUAACCACCAAAUCAAAGUUGCUCGACUUUGGAGAGGUCUUGAUUCUGCAGUUGCAGUCCUGACUGAAGUGUCCAAUGUCAUAGCAUGUGAAAUGGUGUAGGAUUACGCUUGAGUUUAUACAGUCUGAUAAAAUGCUUGCCAUGCUAUGGCCAAUCAUGUGCUCUCUUGACUUCUGUCCCUCUUGGCUUAUUAAAUGAAGCAGAGAAAGUUUGACUGGUUAGGUCAAGAAUCUGGUAAAGAUUUCAGUGCAUGAGGUGGUGGUCCCUGCCACCUUGAAAAUGGCAGUGGUACAACCAUUCCUAUAAAAGCUGAACUUGGAUCAAUUACCUUGGACUAACUAGUUACAAACACUGGUAGUGGAGAGGAUCAUUGCAGGGUGGGGAUGCUGGCAUUCUUAGAUGAUACUGAUUAUUUAGGCCCAAUCCAAACUGAAUUUAGGCCUGGUCAUGGAACAAGUUCAAAUGCAGUGACUUUUUAUGGAACCUGUAAUUCAUGUGUUUCCACACUGUCAACCCCAGUGUCUUUAAAACAAUAAAAAAAUAAAAACUUAAUAGAAUGGUUGUGAUGCCACAAACCAUCAAGAAUAGAGUUGGGGUUCCUCAAGCUAUGUGCCUGUGUGUGUUAGCUCAGUGGGAAAAACUUUUCAGGACUGCAUCCCUACUAACAAUUAUUGACUGAAUCCUUAUUGAUUAUUAUUAUUUUAUUUUAUUUUAUCACUUGCUUCAAACAGUUAAGUACUUUAAGCAAUUAUGGCUGUAAUCUUUUAUGAAAAGAAGGGGCUAUUUGACAUUCUUCUUCUAAGAGCAUGGUGAAAAAAUAUUUUCUCACCAUUAUGGAGUUCUGGAAAAAUAGUAGGAUUUCUACUUUUUAUCGCAAUGGAUAUACUAUUCAUAAACAAAUGAAUUUAUGAAGGACCCGUUGUGUGCAGAAGAACAUUAUCACCAUUGUAGGCAAGACCAUCUAGCUACGUUAUGCUGACUCAUUCAAGUUUAUUUUAAUAUAAACUUUUAAAUGUAUUUUCCCCCCAGAAUGUGUCAUCAAAAAUCCGUAGGUAAGUGGUGAUUGAAGGCUGUCUUUGUAUUACAUUGAUAAAGGUGACAAUUUGUUUAACUUCGCUAAAAUACUCACUAAUUUCAUUGCUCAAUUCUCCAUGUAUAAAAAGUAUUGUAUUGUUUGAAUGACAAAGUGAUACUUUAAACAAAGGAUGAAUUGUGUAGAUGAACAGAAAUCACUUAAGUGCUUUUUAGGAUCCAGAUCCCAGCUUUGGGGCGGGGGAAAAUCCCUUCGUUUAUUAUCAGCAAGGUAUUUGCUUUCUUGAAGUUCAGAUGCUGAAAGUUGCACUGUGGAAGUUAUCCUACACAUCCUUCUCUUUGUCUGCUUCAGUGUGUUACUUACUUAAUGAGCCACAAUGGGAUUCAAAAAAGCCUCACAGGUGCACUUACUUGCUCAGGAUGACUAUGUCUUCCUCUUGCCUUGUCCUUUCCAGAUUCCCCUGCCUGCAUUUUGACUGAUCUUUAGAGCAGCUUUUGAAUGCCUUGCCUUCAGAGGUUUUGACCUCCUGUAGCAGUAAACAUCAGCCCCAUUGAGCUUUUCUACCUUUGUUUCUUCUUCACCUUUGCUUUGCCCUAAGUCAUCUAUAUAAAUCCUGAUCCUGCAUUGUUGUAGUGUUCGUGCAAGCCAGUUCUGCAAAGAUAGACCUACACCAAAUUGUUUUUCUUUCACUGCUGUUUUUUUUAUUUAUUAUUUCUUGAUAAACUGCAACCCCAGUGAAACCAAGCUAAGGUACAUUUAGCAUUACAUAUGAUGAUAGCAAUUCUUAUGACUAUUCGUUAUGGCUUAUUUAAGGCUUACUCAAACCAAGUCAGACCAUCGUUCAACCUAUUUCAUCACUGUCUUUGCUAGUCCUCCAAUUUCUCAAAAGUCAUCUUCUCCCACCCAAUUGCCUCCUGUUUUUCUGUUUUAUUUGCAGGAAACUUCAGAAUUUGUUUAGAAUUUUGGUGGGUGCAAGGUGAAGUUCAUCUUAUCACUGUGAGAUGUGUGGUUUGUGUUUUCCUUUCUAUAAAAAAAAUUCACUGACACCUGCCUGCCCUACUGGGUGUGCAAAAGAGCCCAUGGAAGGAGUUACCUCAUAAUGUCUUCCACUGAGCUUUAAUUGAAACAGCUUUCCAUGUUUCAAUUAAAGCUCAGUGGAAGACAUUAUGAAGUAGCUCUUCCAUAGCAUGUUUUGCAGACCAGGAAGUUCCAGUAGUUCAGGAGACUCAUCCAACAUUGUAUUCUGCUGUAAAUGCUCCAAUGCCAAAAUUAGCUUGAGAAAUUCUCCUAUUUAAACCAGACUUUGAGGCACAGCAAAACCAAAGAACGAUAAACAAAUCGAAGUGGGAAAUUGUCUCAUUCCUCAGAAGGCCCCUAUGUAGGUGGGGGGUUUUUUUUAGGACAAAGUUGUAUAAUAAAGUUUCACUGGCAGGUUUCAACGGACAUUUGGACAAUAGAUCUAAUAAUGUGGGAACAUGACAAAUUAUAGUUCUCAUUCAGCACAAGACAAUAGUUUAUUGAUUUCCUACACCAUUUUCAUAGAUUUAUCUUGUAAUAGAAAAUGUUCACAUUCUUUCUAAAUACUUAUUGAUUAUGUGAAUUCCCAAAUAAUUGCCUCAUCAGUAGAUUAAUCUUUCUGGUACUCUAGUUUAAUGUACAGUUAAUUUCUUUACCAUUAUCAAUUACACAGCUGAUUUUGUUUUGCCCAAUUAACAAAAAUACUCCAGGAAACACAUGUGCAGAUAUUUACCAAGGUCAUUUUAACUGAAAGAAGACCAAGCGGACAUUUGUAGAAGCACUUAAUAGUAAAAAAAACUGACAAAUAUUGACACAUAUAAGCAUACUAGUAAGAGAUGAAUUCAUUCUUAAUGCAUGCUUGUAAAUGUCACUGCAGGCAGAUAACAUUGUAUCAUGAAAUCAAUUAUGAUAUUUUAUAGAAGAUUGAUUUAUACCAGCAGAUGAGGAAUCAGAUCUCUUUUAAUGUUGCUUAAAUCUUAAAUGCUUAGUUUCUUAGUUUCUAAUUACAGUGCUACAGCAUAUUUUCUGCACUGUUUUCUAAAGUAAAUUAUGGCUUGGAUGAUUAUUCAGUUUACAACCACAUAGGAAGAGCUCAGCUACUAUGCAUAUUAAUUAAGAUCACAAAUAUAUGGAAUUCUGCCAUUAAACCUUCUCCAGGGGUAUAGAUUUCUGCAGAAUAUCUGCAAGCGCCAUUAGAUUUCAGCUGCUUCCAUUUAUGCUGCCACAGUUGCUAUUUUUGAUGUUAUGAAGGCCCUGAAUAUUUCCAUGUAGAUGUACUUUGAUCACCGUAACACUAAAUCAUGGAUUUUGUAGUCCACAGUAGUCUCAAAAUGCAUAAUGAAUACUGCGCAGAGACUGAAGCAUGAAUGUGAAUAAAAAUAUUGGAGGUUUGCAUAGUGUAGCUAGCAUUUGUUUAAUGCAUUAAACAAAUCAUGAAACUUGUUUAUUAUUACAGUGGUGCCUCACAAGACGAAAUUAAUUCGUUCCGCGAAUUUUUUCGUCUAGCGAAUUUUUCGUCUUGCGAAGCACGAAAUCCCAUAGGAAUGCAUUGAAAAUCAAUUAAUGCGUUCCUAUGGUCAAAAAAAGUCCAAACAAAGCCAAAUUUGGUACAACAAGAGUUUAUUAAGUGCUCUUUAAAGUCACACAUACUGUAAAGAGCAUUUCAAAAUUCAAACCCAGAAUUUUUUUUAAAAAACAGCAGAGUUGCCCAAUGGUCACAGAAAAUCAUAAAAAUGCAGAAAAAAACACACAAGCUUCCAGAUUCUUGCAAACCCCUCCCCAACACCAAGUCCUUGAAUUCCAAACACCCCAACCCAAAAUCCAAAAGCCCCCAAAAAAGUUUUAAAAGCUUAACUUACCAAAUGGCUGCAAAAGAAGUUUUGGAAAAGCUUCAAAAAUCACCAAAGUCUUUAAAAACCUCAAAAAAGGCCACUAUGUACACUGCGUUCUAUGAGUUGCUCCUCGAAGUCAAGUCGCAACUGUAUUAACGGUGUUAAGAAAAAGGAAACAAACUUGCAAGACAUUUUCGUCUUGCGAAGCAAGCCCAUAGGGAAAUUUGUCUUGCGAAGCAGCUCAAAAAACGGAAAACCCUUUCGUCUAGCGAGUUUUUUGUCUUGCGAGGCAUUCGUCUUGCGGGGCACCACUGUAUUAUUAUUAUUUAUGUCAAUCAAAGUCUGUACUGGUCUGGUCACAACAGAUGCCUACAAAUCAAGCCACUCUUUUGAAAUCAGUCUGCAAAAGUCUGUGUUCACAAAAUAUAGCACUUUGAGAGGAUUUUAGGGCGCAGUUUUAUGGUCCUUGGGAAAGGGUACCAGAAGCCAUUGGACAUGUAAGCAACCUCCAUCAAUGAAUACGGGAGUUACAUCAUCCGAGAGGUAGCUUUGACACCAGAGCCUCAAUCUUUAACUGCACCAAAGCCCAAUGUGAGCUGGGCUAAAAAGGGGACAUUGCAGAAGUAUAGGAAGUGGCUGUGAUUUAAAUGAUCCUAAGGUCUCCUUUCCUCUGUCCUACCCCACACUAGGACAGAAUUUAGAAAUAUAUUUAUGAGGAUGGAAAAUAUCACAGUAAAUCUAAAAUUAUCAACCUGCUUCUGUCCCUCUUGCCAGUUCCGAAUCUCUCUCUUUGGCGAUCACUCGUAGCUGAGUAAGAUUGUCUUCCAUGAACGUGGUCUUAGCAGUGAGUCUGUAAGUGACUGUGGAAGCCAAUUCUGGAUCCACAUGUCCACAGUAGGGACAUAGGUUUCUGGGCAGGAGUUGAUCAUGGUGAGGGUUUGCUAAGUGUGCCUUCCGCUUAGGUUUUAAAAGUAUGUCAGAUCUGAAUUUCAUGCUUUCUUCAUAACUUGAUUUGACUGCAAAUUGUGGUAUAUGCUUCUUAUAUAUUUGAACUAAGGUGUUUGUCUCUUUUAGUUAGUGGAUUGUAAAAAUAAAAUAAAGCUGGGUGGUAUUCAGCUACUCAGAGAACACCCACUAAAAUUAAUAGACCUAACUUAGAAAUGUUGAUUAAUUUAAAUGUGUCUACUCUGCGUAAAAUUUAGUUGAUACCAUCCAUUUAAUUUACAAUGCAUUGAUUGCAAAAAAUAGAAAGAAAAAGGAAAAGAAAAACUACUUUUAUGAAACACCAGCACCACUGAUCUGCACUUUAGCCAUCAAGUAAAUGGCUCUCUACAUAGUGCUUUCAGCUGUAUGGCCAUGCAAAAUGCAGAUAUGUUCCAAUCCUUAUUUUCAAGAAAACAGAAAUAAUCAUUCCAAGAUAGCUGCAGAAACAAUAUUCUAUGGCCAUGUUUCCAUAUCAUAUCAAAACAAAACUUUUAGGAAAAUUAAAACAAAAUGUCAGGUCCAAAUCACCAUAACCAGUGAAUGUCUUACAUGCUAAUAAGACAUCAAGAUUACCCUCUCAUUAAUACCAACCUUUGUCACAAUGGCCUGAUGGAACCCCAAUACAGAUUUGGAUCAGCUCUAAUAUCUCAGUCACAGACUAGUUGUUGUGAUAUGGUCUCCAUCAGAGUGCCAUAAGGCACUUGGCACUCAAUGCAAUCCAGCCCUGAUCCCUCAGCUGCAGAGUUCUAUACAGCAGAUGGGGGGACCACUGUGAAGUCUGUGCAGGAAGGAAGGCCAGUUCAGCUGAAGACAUUGAUAUUAUAAGUACCUAUUUUCAGGAAAGAGGGAUUUCUCCUAGACUCCUGAUUUGGCGGUAGAAUGUCAAACCUGGAGCAUGAGAAAUGAAGCAGACCUUAAUAAAGUAAUGCAACAUACUGAAUUAAGCCAAUAAAUAUUGACUUUCCAUCAGAUUUGCUUAAUACAGGGAAUGCCUACCAAAUGUCUAGCGCCAUGUUGUACCACAAAUAGCCUUUGACACACCAUUUAGAGGAAACAUCAGCUGUCUCUUCCAAAGCCCCAUGAGUGAUAUUUCUCCAUUGACUUUUUUCCAAAAAGACAAUUUGGUCUAUAGCCCCAUCACUUUUAUGACAGAAUAUGCUGUGCUAUGGCAUGAACGAUGGAACCAACCUUCCGCUCCUGUGUUAUUACUCUAGCAUUAUUAUUUAGCUGGCUUUGAGCCUGUCUGUUUUUAAGCUACUACAUCGUCGAUCAUGUGGGUCAAGCUGUUACAGAAAUGGCAGGAGAGAUCUGCAGUAAAUGAUCAUCCUAGAGGUUAUACACAGUCUUUUACAUGACUGCAGGGGAUGCUGAGAAUUAUUAAAAGGCUACAGCUGUCACAUUAGCCCACCAAAUGCACUCCUAUCCUAGAAGCCACAGCCAACCCAAGGACUAAUGACUGGUUGUACGAUUUGACUGAGGCCUUUUCUAUUAUAUUGACAUCAUACGUCCUGUAUCAUAAAAGCCAAUCUCAUGGACUUUAUCAUAUUUUAGUGUCACAUUCUAGAAUGUACAAGAAAUGAGAAUUAUGCAGCUAGAAAAAGGCUGGACUGAAAAUGAAAGAAAAUAUGGGAUGGGUGAAUGACAUCCAGCAAGGUUGUUAAAGGAUGGCUAAAGUCUGCUUCGUCAAAGAAACUAGAGUCAUGAAGGAUGGUGGGCAAGUUUAUUCUCUACUCAAGCAGUAACUCUGAAAACAUCCCUUUAUUUUUACAUAUUAGAUGUAAAAUGCUAUUAUUCAUUGCUAUUGGGAAAGCUAAAGAAUUACACUUCCUGGCACUACCACAAUAUUGGGUAAACUUUCCCCUGAAAUUGGGUGGACAAGCCUAUCCCUUACCUCAUACAAUGUUUCAUCCAAAUCAGUCAUAGUGUAUGAGGUAUGGCACCACCACUGAAGUGCCCUCCCAACUCCUGUACACACUCUGUGCCUAUUGCCACUGCCAAUUCCAAUGCUUCCCUUGCCCUCGUUGCUGCCCUGCCCCAUUCCAGUCCCAGAAAGAAGCAGUGUUGCCACAGCUGGGAAAGUGACAAUUCAGUAGUGGUGUCCCACUUUGGGUAGAACUACUGAUUCAACUGAUUCAAAUACCUUUUAAUUUUUCUGUGGUUUUAUUUAAGAACCACUAUCCCACUUAAAGAGGUAGGUUUCAUAAUCUGAUCUCUCCUCAGUCCUCUCCACAAUUAAAUCUCCAUCUCCUUGCAAAGCCCAAUCAGGUCUGGGUGGUGUUCAACACCAACACAAGCAGCCAGGUUUAUUAUUAUUAUUAUUGGUGCUGCUGCUACUCUUACUACUUAUUACUAAAAUGGUUUCUAAGUGGUUUACAGAUAUAACACCUGUUACAAAAAUACGACCACACCUAAUUGAAAUACAGUAUUAGGCCACUUCGACAAAACAUUAAAACAAAAACCAAUAAUUCAAGCGUACAAUAAACAAGCCCAUUAAAACAACAUAAAAAAUAAAACAGUUAAAACAGGAAGCUAAUAGAAGGCAGACACAGGUACCAAUGCACAUGCAUAGCUGUACCAAUGCUAUGGGAUUUGAGUGUUUACCAUAUUCUAUUUAUGACCCAUUCCAUAAACACUUAUUACACCAAAAUCAGGUCAGGGCCCAUGGAUUCUAUUAAUUUAUCUAUUUUGCGAUAUUUUUCGGAGUCCAGAAAUUCCAGGUGUUUGCAUUUUUCCUUAGAAUUUAUUUGCAGUGUUUGCCAUCCAUACUAAUACCAUCCAUACUAAUAAUUAUGCCUAUAAUUUGUUUUGUUUGAAUAUUAUUGUAGGCAUCAAUCUGAGGAGCUGAUAGAGACAUAAUAACACUCUCUCUCUCUCUCUCUCUCUCUCUCUCUCUCUAACUUUAAAAUCUCCUAAAAUAAUCUUCCUGCUUUCAGCACCGACGCAUUUUUUUUUAAUACACAGACAUCAAACCUCAAGUUGACUAUUUGCUAAUCAACAGGUUCCAACAUUGCACAACUGUAUUGUUAAAGGUUCAUUAUUAUUAGACUUUGUUUUCACAGUCUCCUUAUUAUGUUCCUGAAAGACCUAUAGUUUGGACAUGGUUUAAUGGUUUAUAAAAUGGUACAUCAAACAGAUGACUCAACCUUUUGAAGAUAAUAUUUUUCAGGACAGGUUUGCCUCAUAGAGUUUGUUUCAUCCAUGAGAACAGAACAGUGUGGUCAGAUCAAGGUGGUAAUAAAGAGAAAGCAAAGAUAGGUGCCCUUAUGAAGUUGGCUUGCAUGAAACAAAAUAAAAAGUUACAACAGCUUUAAAAGAAAAAUACUCUGCUCAAAUAAAAAAGUCCCGCUAAGUUUUCAUCAAGUUUCAUACUACAGCUACAUAUGCUUUAACUGUCUCAACUGUUUAAGCUUAGAAUUAAAACAAAAAGCAAAACCCUAAUAUAGUUAUAAAGUUAGAUAUAAUUCAUGUUUGGAGUUGUUUUCUACUUUUCACAUCAUGCUCAUUCCUCAUAAAUAGGUUUGGGCUUGAAAACAGGGGGGAAAGACAGAAGCAGUGGUUGAUGUUGCUCACAGGAUGGAGCCCUGCUCACCCUGUUCAUGAGCAUUUAAUCAGGCGAUUAACUUUUGCUUGUCAGAAUAUCCCUAGCUUGGGGUGGGGGGGCUCAUUUCUGAGUUAGUAUGGGUUGACAGAAUGGGAAAAUACACUGUUUAAUAAAUUUUGUCUAUCAAAUUAUGCACAUUUUUAGCCUUUCACCGUGCGGUCCCAGUGUGCGUUUCAUAUAGUUAGAGAUAUUGGAGAAUUCCAAUGAAAACAGGAAACAAAACCUGGACUGAAAAAGCUUGAGUAUACCUGCCACCGCCAUCUUGAGCAUCUUGCCUAAGAAGGGAGAGGAACUAGCUAAUACAUGUUUUAAAACUACAGAGUUCAGAGAGACAGUGCACAGCCACCUCUUUAAGGGUCAAUGGUACCAGUUCCCUCCCACAACAAGACAUUUACAACUCACUAGACUCAACCAGUUGACCCCUUCCGGCUCACUCUUGAGACCCACUGUGAGCAAGGUUCAAGAGGACAAGUGGUUAGCUGGAUCCCUUCAAGCGGUUUGUCCACAUCAAUAGGCCUUAACAAUUAGAAUCCCCAUUAUAUAUUUUAAUUUGUUUCCUGCACGUUAUGUAGACACUAAAACCACUGGCCAAAGCACAGGGCCCACAAAGCCCUUUAGUUGCAUGUGCUGAAUCCCUCACACAUGGAAAAAUCUCCUUUCCUUAUAUGAGAGAGGUAAACAUUUUGUACAUGCACAGGCAUUUCCCAGUAGAUAUAUUAUGUGUUUCCCUUGUGUAGAAGAUAAUGGGAAAUUCUUUUGUGUUUAAGAUUCAUUGGCUGUGAUCCAGGGGCUUUAAUGCAUGCAAUGAUUCUGGCGCCCACAAUAAUUUCCUAUUAUCUUCUACACAAGGGAAACACAUAGUGUAUACAAAGGGAAAUGACUGUGCAAGUGUACAAUAUUUCCCAUUGGUGCUCACCUUGCCCUCCCUAAAUGGUGCCUCUGGGUGUUUUUGGAAAAGCUUGCUAAGACUCCUAUUAUCAACAGGCAUGCACAAUUGAAUUGAUUAGCUAAAGAUGGAAUAAAUUAUUUAAGGGCUCUGUGAUCCAGUGGCCCCUAUGAACAGAAAGUCCUUAACUAAAUUACUCUACAUUUACUAUAUUAAUUCAAUUUCCUGUGUCUGUUAGUGGUUGAUAAUAGGAAUCUGAUCACUCUCCUUCAAAGAUGCCCAGAGGCACCAUUUAGGGAGGGCAAGGUGGGUAACAAUGUUAUUAUUCCUAAAUAGCACUUACAUUUCUUUCCAAAUUACUGGUAUUCUACACUUGGUAAAUAUAAAACAAUACAGUGGUAUUUGUACUGGCUUUGUUCAGAAACAAGGCACAAUUCCAUUUACUUCAAAGGGGGUGACUGAUUAUCUCAUAUAGUUAUAAUUAGACAUUAAAAAAUACCCAGCUAAUGAUUUAAAAAUGAAUCACACUUUCAAAACUAAAUAUUGAAUAUAUUCAGGACUGGAUUUCUAAACCUUUCUAUAAAUCUUCUCACAAAAUUCCAUUAUUGGUAUCUGCUAGAAUUGGGAGGGAAGUCAUUUUUGCUCAAAUUUUAAUGAGAAACCACCUAAUUUGCAUGCUGUGACCAAUACGUGCACCUAUAUACAGCUAUCCUCCAAAAUCCAUACUUCUUUGAAUCUUGCGAUGCUGUCCUUUAGCCAAUGCUGACAUAAAUGUGCCAUGUGCACACACAUGCGCACAUGCGAAAAUAACACAAGAAAAUGCAUAUGAAUGCUGACAAAUAUAUGUAAUUAUCCAUAUAUUUCAAAUUGCUGUAGAAAUGUGAAGAACUGAUUUUAAGAUUGGAAAGAUGAUAAAGAGAGAAACUGCAAUCAGAGGUGGUGCCCAGCCUAGGGGGCACUGCAAGGCAUCACAACUAUGACAUAGUAUACUGACUUGAGCAGAAUUGAAGAUGAGGUGGAGCGAGGCACCAAAUUUGGGCCUCUCACAAGGUGUUGCUAAAAUUAGAAAAUCUAAAGUCUGCCCUUGCUGCAACUGGGAGUUGUGUCCUUAGUUAUAGUAACCUAAAUAUGUGAUAACUAUAUCUAUCCUGCUAGGUAAGUAUGUCUGUGCAAGAAUCACAUGAAAUUUUUUUUGGAUGCAAGACAUGGGUGGCGCUGUGGGUUAAACCACAGAGCCUAGGACUUGCUGAUCAGAAGGUUGGCAGUUUGAAUCCCCGCAACAGGGUGAGCUCCCGUUGCUCGGUCCCUGCUCCUGCUAACCUAGCAGUUCAAAAGCACAUCAAAGUGCAAGUAGAUAAAUAGGUACUGCUCUGGCGGGAAGGUAAACGGCGUUUCCAUGCACUGCUCUGGUUCACCAGAAGCGGCUUAGUCAUGCUGGCCACAUGACCCGGAAGCUGUACGCCGGCUCCCUCAGCCAAUAAAGCGAGAUGAGCGCCGCAACCCCAGAAUCAUCCGCGACUGGACUUAACGGUCAGGGGUCCCUUUACCUUUACUCUGGAGUUUGAUCACAAAGCUACAUAUAAAAAUAUUCAAGAUUGGUGUGAAAAAAUAAAAGUGAUUGUAAAAAAGAAAAAGUCUCAAAAACACUUUCCUUGAAAAGGGAUAACACUUUCAAGCAUCUAAAAAAAGAAGUACAAGGUGGUCUCCUAACAUCUGUUUCUAUAUAGUUAAUUGGGGGGGGGGGGACAGAAAUCAACUCAAUACUGGUUUUAAAACUUCAUUCUCAAGGACACAGAUGCCAGAUUUCACUGAGCUAGAUACUUCUCAUACAUAAAAUAAAUCCACAUGCACAGUUCCCCAAUACACCAAAAAAAGCAACAACCAAACAUGCUGAUACUAAAUUUUGAGUUCUGGUAUUAUAUAGUACUACAGUUACCAAUAUUUCUUCUAACCUUGGAUGAGUCAGUUGUACAUCACUAAUAUAGUAACAGAGCAGCAUAUAUCCCAAACCACUUUUAUGGGUCUUAUAUUCAAACAAAAACCUUUAAGACUGAAAUGCAUCAGUGCUGCCAGAAUAUCACAAUAUGUGAAACCAUUUCUUUUCUUAUACACAAUGCUAGGUUUUCUGCUAACACUUAUUAGAUAUUGGGUAUUGUGGACAGAAAUGCAUCAAGGUAAUUCCAUCUGGCGUCAUGCCUAAGUCUUGCAAAUUUAGUGAUGCAAAUAAAGUGAAAAUACCACUGGCAAAAGUUUCCUCUCACCUUACACCACUCCAAGUGCAGGAACAUAUGAAACUGUUUUAUAACAAGCUGGACUGUUGGACUGUGUAGCCUGUCUGAAAGGAACUCUCCAAGGAUCAAACAUGGGACUUUCUAACCCCACAAGCUGAGAUCCUUUCAUGGGGAGCAACAGAAAACUGAGGCUUGGGACCUCUUAGAUGCAAUGUACUGAGCUAUGGUCCUUCCCCCAAAGGCAAUGGUUUUUGGUAGUCAUAUUCAGAUGCAGGUAUUAAUUUGGGUUGUGAUCUAGCUAAAGUUAGUUGUAACUGAGUCCUAAUGAAAUCGGAGGAUGUCUAUCUUGUCCAACAGCUUCAGUACAUCACCUGACUUUAGCUGGGUUAGGCCAAGAUCAUAAUUCCUCCCAGUAGCUUUGUACCAUCUGCUGUUGGUAGCUGAUCCCAGUAUAAUGGCUGACUCAACCUGUUUCAGUAGAAUGGCUUCCAAGGUCAUAAUCCCAGCAUAAUGCUACAGGUCAUAGCUUUUGAUUAGCAUUCAGUACACCCCACUGCACAUGUCUUAGGGUAGAUAUUUAACUUUAUAAUUGUGUAUCCACAGCAUUGUUUAAUGCUAAUGUGACAUUUUGCCAUGAAAUAUUGAGCAACUAUAUAGAUCUAUUAAAUAGGAUACUUGGAGAACAUAUAUUGACAUUUACAAAAUCUACAUUUUGGGAGAAAUAGUAAGAACAGGAAAGUAUAUAGGAGCAGAAAGACUAAGAAAUCAUUCAGGCUAAACAAAAUAUAUUAGGAGCUAAUAUGUUCUGUCCAUAUGUUCCAGCAAUUUGUCUACUGUGAAUUUUGCCAUCAAAUGACGGUGUAGUGUAUUCUAUAUGGCAUGUGUCUGCAUUAAGGAAAUCUUAUUCCUUUUUGAGUUAGGAACCUCAUGUGCCUUCUUUCCUGGAGUCCCAGUCCCCAAAACAUUUUGUUGCCAGCCAGUUAAGGGACAUUCUAUUUCUAUUGGAUGGACAUGAAUUAUGUUUAGGGUUUCCAGUUUGCUCACCUCCUAUGAAGGCAGAGGCAAACAGAUGGACUCAGUUAUGUGACUGGCAAAGGUACAUCUUCUUGAGAGUACAAGAAGGUCAGAUAAUAAAUAAUCAUUGAACUAGACUGUUGACAUUUGAUUUGUGUAGAUCAGAUUGGAACUGGAUUUUUGAAAAAUGACACAGAAGCAAUAUUGUGUGUACUGCAUACAUUUUAAAAUCUUGUUGUCAAGCAGUAUCUUACCAGGCAAUUAGACAGGUUGUUAAAUCCAACUGCUUCAAGGUUUGUUUUGUAUGUGCAGCUUUGCUUUCCAUUAGAGGCUGAAGGAGGAGAAAAGGAAGAGAAAAGUGAGCUGUUAAUAACGGUAAUGGCAAUAACACCAGCCAUUUUAUAUUGCUUCACACCAGGCUUAUGAGGUACAUUAAGAGCAGCUGUACCAGAAAAAUACUUACAAACCACAAAUGUGGAGAGAACAUGCUGUUACCAUAUUCAUUAGACAUAAUUCUAUUCUACAAGAGUACACACAGGCAACAGGGCAACAGAAGCUGUGGAAGGCUUUGAAUGCAUUGUUUCAACUGAGAAGCCAAUAUGGCCCCACAUUACUUAUGAACCAGGAGAACCAGCACAACGUAAAAGAUUUCAGACUAUCCAAAAUGCUGAAGUAAAUCAUGGUUUGUUCUGAAAAACAGAACGUAAAUAUAAAUUGAACAUUAGAAUAACCUUAGACAGGCAAGGCUGGAGGAGACGCCUAACAUCAUCAGUGAAACUUUGUCAGUAAAACAGGGGGGAAAUUGGCAGAUUGUGUGAUGUGCUCUGUUUCCACAAUUUGCUGCCCUGCUUUGCUGGAGGAGGGCUUGUAAACCAGUCCAAACCCUCAGGUUGGUUAAGGUUGUUGGGUUUCUUCCGACUCAUUGUCUUUAAUUGUUUUAAUUGGUAGAGGAGGGGGGAGGGUGAAGAGCGCUAACACACAAAUUGGGUCCAAGUUUUUCAGUGAGGCAGGAAUGCUCACUCCACCCCUGGGGCAGGUAAAUAAAAGCUGUUUUCCCAAGCCAUUCAAAACAACCUCCUCAUUAGCCCCUCAGUCACCAAACAAACUCCCCCUUUACUUACUGAUCCAGUAGUAAUGGGGCUAGAAGCAGUGUGAAAUUAGAGAAGAAAGGGGUGUGUCUUGCUCCUGAACAGCAAACCAGGAGAAAAGAACUAAUGGUUCUUAGGACGUGUAGCCCUUGGUAAGUCUACCAGUCCCAAGGGCCACAACAUUUCUCCCCCUUUAGAAUGUCCAAACAAACGAGAGAUGGCCAUUAUUUUCCCCUUCCCUGCUCCAUCCUGGUAAGUAAACAGAAGAAGGCAAGGCAUUUUAGGAGAAAUGGUGGGAGGGAUAAAGUAGUAGUUUUAAUUUACAGAAGAUAGGCACAAGUAGCUCUGUUGUGGUUUAAGUGCAGCAUUGGUGGAACUUUGGCAGCAGUGUUAUUUUGUACCUACAGGUGUAGGCACAAGCCAAGAAGUGAGCCUAGGGACUGAUCUACAUGUAACAGCCACCACGUGAUGGCUUUAAGGGUAGGUUUUUAUGCAGAGGUUGGAUGGCCAUCUGUUAUGGAUGCUUUAGUUGAGUUCCUGCAUUUGGACUAGAUGACUCUUGGGUCCCUUUCAGCUCUGCGAUUCCAUGAUUCUACUUCAUAGGAUUGCUGUGACUAUGUAGUUAGAAGUCACCACAGGCAAUGUCUUAUUGUGUGCAUAGAAGAAAUUCCACAACCACAUUUCUUUCAAGUGGGGAAAAUUGUCAAACGAGGCUCUGGGAGUUCUGAAUGAGCUUUUUGUCCAUGCUCAUUUGUGCCUGACCAGUCCCAGAUUAAAAUGUGCAUCUGUAGACAUUUAAUUUUGGCUGUAUUUCUUACAUGUGCGUAUAUACUAAUUGUGUUUCAACACUCUCCAGGUGGCAUACCUUUUCAUGCAUACUGAAGAGAUGGGGUUUACAAAAUUCAGAUAAAGGGAAGUGGAUUAUACUCUAACAGAUGAAUAAAUAAUGAGCUUAAUGCAUAGGAACCAUUUGCUUCAAAGUUUUCCAUCUUCUUUCAUUAAGUGGAAACAUAGUUUUAGUUCAUGCAUACUAAAGUAGAGGCAGAAACAUUUCUCUGCAGGACAAAGGCACAUAACAAUCAAAGCUAACCAAAGGGCUAAACACUAAUUAUGCCACAGAGCUAGCAGCUGAGUGUUAGGAAUUAUUUAAACAAAUAGUAUUUUAAAUAACAAAUGGAAGCAAUUUUUUAAAAGUUGUUUUGGGGGGGAAAUGCAGAAGUGAUUGCUUUGCUAGGAAAUAAGUGUCAGAUAAUCAGGAGCUUAUCAUCUCCAGGGAACAGAAUAUACUGUGAAGAAUCUGACUUGAAUUUACCCUUUAUUGGUUGUUUGAUAGGAAUUGAAAAUUGGAAAUAAAUAAACUCAGUCCAUCCCUAGUUAAAGUUAAUUAUAUUUAGUACAAAUCACAGCAGAAAUAAAAGAAAUGCUCAUUGCCCCAGAAAACAGCCAGUCAGGCUACACCACAUGUUAUACUUACUGUUUUCAUAGUUUAGGGACGCGGGUGGCGCUGCGGGUUAAACCACAGAGGCUAGGACAGGGGUCUGCAACCUUUAAGACAAAAAGAGCCACUUGGACCUGUUUCCGAAGAAAAACAACAACUGGGAGCCGCAAAACUCGUCAUUAUAAAAAUAACUUUUUGUCACUUUUUAUUAUUAUUUCUUUGUUUGACCCCUCAGAAUUACUCCUCCUCAUAGAAAUAAACGUUAAAUUAACAAGUUACCUUUUUGUGUGUGUGUGUUCUUCACUCCCCUUCAAAACAGUGACCAGUGUACAUGCCCCCUUUCAAUGCAGUGACCGACGUACAUGCCCCUUACAAUGUAGCGGGCGGGCAGGCGGGAAGGUGACGUCGGGACGGUGCGUGACUAACGCACGCACCGCCCCCAUGCGAUGUCACAGCCAGUACAGCGCCCGCCACAGUGGGGAGUGUCGGGGCGCACAAUGCGCCUCCUCCCCUCGCUAGUAUCCGCCCCGGAGCCGCGGCAAAGGUGUAAAAGAGCCACGUGUGGCUCCGGAGCCGCGGGUUGCUGACCUCUGGCCUAGGAUUUGCCGAUCAGAAGGUCAGCGGUUUGAAUCGCCGAGGCGGGGUGAGCUCCCAUUGUUCGGUCCCUGCUCCUGCCAACCUAGCAGUUCGAAAGCACGUUAAAGUGCAAGUAGAUAAAUAGGUACCGCUCAGGCGGGAAGGUAAAUGGCAUUUCUGUGAGCUGCUCUGGUUCACCAGAAGCGGCUUAGUCAUGCUGGCCACAUGACCCAGAAGCUGUCUGCGGACAAACGCCGGCACCCUCGGCCUAUAGAGCGAGAUGAGCGCCGCAACCCCAGAGUCGGUCAUGACUGGACCUAAUGGUCAGGGGUCCCCUUUACCCCUUUUUUAUCCUUCAAGGGCUGGUACACCUUGAAAGAUAGUGCUUUUUUUAAAUAAAAAAAAAUCCCACACAAAUAAAUCAAAUCACAGGAUAAAAUAAUAGAAUUGUAGAAAGGGACCCCAAGGAUCAUCUAGUUCAAAUCCCUGCAAUAGAGGGAUGGCACUGCUUCAGUGCUGAACAGCUCUUACAGUCAGAAAGUUCUUCCUAAUGUUUAACCAGAGUCGCCUUUCUUGUAAAUUGAAUCCAUUCUGGGUAGCACAGUUGGUUAGGGCAUGAUGCUGGUAACACCAAGGUUGCAGGUUUGAUCCCCAUAUGGAACAGCUGCAUAUUCCUGCAUUGCAGGGGGUUGGACUGAAGAUGAUGCUCAGGGUCCCUUCCAACUCUGCAAUUCUAUGAUUCUAGGAGUCCGACCCUCAGAGAACUCAUAGAAUGAAUAACAGAAUGAUGCAAUGCCAGUGUUCCUAGAGAUAGCAUCUUUUUUUACCUAAACAGGUUUAACAAUGCCAGGACUGAUGCCAGGUUUUAGGGAGGCCUGGCAAAGUACCGUCUGUGAGGCCCCCAAGUUGCUGUGACCUUGGUGGAUUUACUGGGAGAUGGAUGACAAAAAAAACAAACCAGGAGCAGCGCAGAGCACACAGAAAGGAGCACCGUAUCACUGUAGUGAGGUAGGCAUUUUUGCUAUCCCAUUGAUAUCCUUGAUUCAACCAGGGCAAGCUUUCUUCCAGAUGCUGUUGAACUACAAAAGGCAUAGGCAAACUCGACCCUCCAGAUGUUUUGAGACUACAAUUCCCAUCAUCCCUGACCACUAGUCCUGUUAGCUAGGGGUGAUGGGAGUUGUAGUCCCAAAACAGCUGGAGGGCCGAGUUUGCCUAUGCUUGAACAAUAACAUUCAUAAUCUCUUACCACUGACCAUACUGGCAGGGGCUGAUGAAAAUUGCCGCCCAUCAUCUGGAGGGUACCACAUUGGUUAUCCCUGGAUUAAACAAACAGAUUCUUUGCUUUGUAGUCAUUUGGCACUGGGGAAAAAGCAAUCUUAAAAGGACCCAUCUAGCUGAGUACAAUUGCCUUUUUUUGGGUCAGACGGGCUCCUUUAAAUAGGUUCAGGUAGGUAGAGUUGAUGGACUUCCAUUUCAUGCGGCUCAGUGUGGUACCUUCCAUGGUUCUAGAUUCAGGUAUGCUAAUCAUAUGCAUACUAUCCCUUGCUUUUUCCUGUAGGACUAAUUGCAGUCGUUAACAGUCGCCAACAGGUUUACCAUGCCCAUUGAGUCAAUCACCCAUCUCCUACUACUCUACUGAGAAAAACCUCACCCCACCCUCCCAUUUUAUAUAAGGGUCUGGUGACUUCUGUUUCAGUGUAUCUGAAGAAGUGUGCAUGCACACGAAAGCUUACACCACGAACAAACUUAGUUGGUCUCUAAGGUGCUACUGGACAAUUUUUUCAUUCCCUUUAAAUAGGGUUUCCCUUUCUACAUCAACCUUAUGAAGACCUCUGAAAGGACACAGCAAACAGGAGAGCCAUCUUCUUAUUCCCAAGACUCACCAACAGUGAGCUUGGUUUCCACAUCAUUGCCAGGGUAAGGAGAUACAAAAGCUAGAAGAGAAAGUGAUGUCAGGUGUUUCUUACAAAGCCACAAGAUCAAGUCAAGGCCAAGUGCUACCGGAGGCUGAGAUGGGUCAAUAUGAGGUUGCAAAAAUGCUUGGCCAGGACCCAGGUGAGAGGUCACUUGCCACUUGUCCGUGGAAAGAUACUAAGCUGUUAUCAUAGUCUUAUUUUGAUAACAGAAUGAAGUAGCACUUACUGUGAAGCACGGGACUUGCAAGUUUCAACAAUAAAUUUGCUUAUGCUCAGAGUUGGUGUGAAACAUUUCAAAGAGUGAUUUUGAACAGGGCAUUGGGGAAACUAUUUUAGAUACGUAGAAUGGAAGUGGAUGUCUCAGCAGACAUUUGGGCUGGCAUGCCAGGAUAUGAAUAUUGGGGAAGUUAACUCAAUUUCAUACCCUCUGCAGAAGCCAGGCUAUGUAAUCUGAGAUGAGUUUGUGAGAGAGUUUCUAAAUGAUAUCAUAGAUAUGGACUUUUCAGUUGAAACCCCCACAAGUUUGGGAUAAUAGAUAGCACUUUGAGAGUAGGUCUAAGUCAAUUUUUCAAGUAUAAAAGCAGGUGUUUGAUACCUCACAUUUUAAAAAUAAUUGCUGAAUAUCCCUUGAUCAUCCAAUGACUAAAAUACAUUGAAUUAACUUUAUAAAGAUACUUAAACUGUUUUUCCAGAAUGUCUCAAUUAAGGAAAAUUAGGAUAUAUUUCAAUAUUUCAUGAAGACUGCUGUUACAUUCCAAUGGAAUAAUAAUGUAAGAUAUGAAGCAGCUUUCAAAUUUUGGUCUUUUUUGUUUGUUUGUAUUUCUUAUAUAAACAACCCCAAACAGCAUCAUUAUCAUCAUCAUCAUAUCUUCCAGGUUAAGCAUAACAACGGCUCUCAAAGUGAACCAUUCACAGUGCGACCAGGCGUUAAACAGGGAUGUGUUAUCACCCCGACUCUAUUAUCUUCAUAGUCACAAUCCUAUACAUUGUCAAAGGGAAACUCCCCACCGGUGUAGAAAUCAUAUAUUGAACAGACGGAAAGCUCUUUAAUCUAAGUAGGCUGAAAGCAAAGAGUAAGGUCAUCAUAACUUCCGUCAUAGAGCUUCAGUAUGCUGAUUACAAUGUAGUGUGUGCACACUCAGAGGAUGACCGCCAAACAUCCUAAAUAUCUUCGCAGAAGCUUACAGAAAGCUUGGCUUAUCGCUCAAUAUCCAAAAAAUCAUGGAAGACAACUUACUUGGCUAUGAGUGAUUGCCAAAGAUUAUAUAGACAACCCCCAGACAUCAGCAUCAGCAUUAUCAUCAUCAUAUCUUCCAGGUUAUGAAAUAGUUCCAGUACUUAUGCAGAAAUGCUGUACAAUGGACCCUCCAGAUACGAACUUAAAUUGUCCUGGGGGUCUGUACUUACCCCAAAAAGUCCAUAUCCAGAGGUGCCGCUUCUGUGCACGCACGCGGCGAAACCCAGAAGUAUAUACUUCUGGUUUUUUUUAAUAAGAUAUUUAUUAAGCUUUUUUAAAGUAUUACAAUAAAAAUGAAAAAAUAACAAAAAUACAAAAUAAAAAUAAUUAAAAACACACAGAUUUUCCAUUACUUCUGGGUUUGCCAUGUUUGCAACCCGAAAUUAUGUUACCCAAAGGUAACGUAACCCGAGGUACCACUGUAUAAUGUUCCUGAAUAUAAUAUAUUAUUAAUAUUUUUAAAUAGCAAUGCAACUUUUACAAAAUGAAUAAAUAGGUAACCCAAAUCUUUGGCAUGAUAUGAAAGACUUGAUACUUUCAAGAAAUCAAUACAGAAAAUCUUUCAUGAAAUUUAAAGUUUUUGUUUCCUCUGUGAAGUUGUGAAGCAGCAUUAAUACCCAUGGAGAAAAGAGGCUCUGUAAAAGCCAUGUGAAGAUUUAAGAUAUUGGAGAUUAGUUUACCCAAUUCAAUUCAGUUAAUAUGGGACCUUUUACUCUAACAUCUUUUCAAGCUUGGGAUAAGCUGAGGGCGACUGAUAGGUUUUAUAAAUAUUUCUUUUCAGAGGUACAGCUGAAAGGCAAAUUAAACAUUUGUCUGUGAUGCCUGAAUGAAAAAAAGUCAAACAGAAUGAUUUGAUUUCUAUAUUACUAAUGCUUUUUGAACCAAUCGAUUGGAAUUGUAGCAUGAACAAAAUGUAGUAGAAAGCUUGAAAUAUGAUGCAGGGGUUUGCUUUAAAUCUUGCAUAUUUUCAUGUAGGAGUAGCAACUGAAAGCUUAUAUAAGGUCCAAGAUUUAUAUAAAAUUUUGGCUUUGAAAUAAACCAUUUGCUUCCAAUCUUUGUACCUUAAAACGUGAAUAUAUCAGAGUUUGCUAAACUGGGCAUACACAAGAUGGAAAGAAAAUGCUAAACUCUCCACCUCUCUUCUUCUCAUGCACCAGAGUGAGGUGCUUUGGGGUAUAGGGGCUGGCAGGGCAAAAAUUAUUCUCCUAAACAGAAUAAUUUGGGGGCUUAUGGAAUCAAGGUUUUUACAUACCUCUGCAGUUAAGAGCCUAAAGUUUGAUUCUGUUUCUAAGGAAGAGAUGUCUUUGAUAGAAUCAUAGAAUUGUAGCGUUGGAAAGGACCAUAAGGACCAUCUCUCCAACUCCUUGCAAGACAGGAGUCUUUUGCCCAAUGUGGGGCUCAAACUCAGGACCCACAGAUAAGAGUCUCAUGCUGUACUGACUGAGCAAUCUCAUAUGACUUUGCUUCUAUUCCUGCUGAAACAGUAUGGGAAAUGUAAACAUUUUUCUCCCCACCCAACUUACUAAAAAUACUUCAGACUAAUUUACAGUUUCUUAACAGAGUACCAAUAUAGCUUUUUUAUAUAUAUAAAAAGAAAGGAAGGAAUGCGUAUGGAUAUUGGAGACUGUCGUUUUCAACCAUCUCUUGUCUUUCCAUUGCAAUUCAACAGAUGUACUCUGGAGGCAAGGAGGGAACAGGAGAAGGAAGUCUUCUGUUUAAUUACUGCUCUCAAACACAGAUGGUGCCUGAAGCUUUCUAUAUGAAUCCAAACAAGAGUAUAUAUCAAUUGUACUGUCCGCUCAGCUUCCACCGAAGCAAGCCCUCAGAGGAUCCUGUUUGUAAACCGUGGCUGAAUGCACGUAACAGAGACAAGAGGUUCAACUCUUAAAAACCGAGUUCCUCCUUUCUCUUUAAUCCCCUUGGGAAGCCCAGUUAAUUAAAGCUGUUUAUUACAACUUGAUCAAAAA